AUGCUGGGCAUAUGUGUUGCUAUUCUUUAUACCUACCCGCCAUACUGUACAGGUCGAAUUGAGGACGGAGACGACCUGUUCAGACCAGUCUCUGUGUGGUUUCUCAAAAACUAUACAUUAAACUCCUAUGAUAUCACGAUGUCAUUACUUGAUAAUAAGUUAUCUGCCAGAGAUAACUUGGACCUGGAGCCAAAGAUCGAUUACCAUGUCGGAAACGGCUGCUUUUGGCUUGGAUACAAAAUUUGGAUUUAUCGGGUGACCUACACUGGGUCAAGCGCUCCAAGUGACCCCGGCAGCAGAUUUAACAAUCAAUCGCAAGGAAGCCAAAGAAUUAUGAACAUCGAUUGCUAUGGGAUCUUCUCCAAAAAAGGAAUACACGACCUCAUCUGCCAUUCUAUCGUUAUGUCUAUCCUUGAUGAUUCGGUACUUAACUCAAAACGCAAAGAGAUUCGAAUCUUCGAACCAUCGGACGCAUGGUCACGUCGUUUUCGCGAUGAACAUUGGAAGUCAACAAACAGAAUUCCUAGUCGCCCCCUCAAGUAUGUAUUUAUGGAUGAGAAUGUCAAGGAGAGAAUUGUCCACAAUUUUGACACUUUCUACUCGGAGAAAAACGAGGACAAGAAGCUAUUCGAAGAGCUAGGAUCCAAGCACAAACUUGUUUAUAUGCUGGAAGGAGAGUCAGGUACAGGAAAAACAAGUGUCAUUACGAGUUUGGCUCAUCGUUAUGGUUCUAAUCUGUGUUGGGUCAACCUGCAGAAACAGGAUGAGGAAGAUCUAAAGAUAAUAUUGCAGCGUGUUCCUAAGUCAUCAAUGAUCGUUUUCGAAGACAUCAAGCCGAGUACUUUUCGAGAGUAUAAACCCGAAUCGAACGAAGGAUUCCCAUUGUCAACCUUUUUGAAUAUACUUGAUGGUCUGAUAUCUCCUGAGGGGAACAUCAUUAUCAUGACAACCAACUAUUUCCAAGAACUUCAUGAUUUCUCUCCGGAACUACUUCGUGAAGGUCGAGUGGAUGAAAUUGUCAAAUUCAAGCACAUUGACAAGGAGCAGGCGACAAGCAUGUUCCACGCGUAUACCAACCCAGAAACGGAAUUUACAGAAUUAGCCUCUGAAAAUCUUGAACAUGGAGAGAAAUUUGGAAAGCUUCUCGAUGGAAUGAAGGUCAGACAUUCUGCGGUACAAAAGUAUCUUCUUAAAUGGAUAAGAGAAUCCAAGGGAGCCUUUGAUAAUGCAGAGGAAUGGCUAGAGAAGCUUUUGGUUGAAAAAUCUGACAAAACCAAAACACAUAACAAUGAGGCAUCGCAUGGACUUACAAUGAUGAAUGAUAUCAAGACUUUGGAAGAGACCGGACAGCUGAAAGAUAGUGUGAUGGUGGAUAGAAGCAGGUUGGGUACUGAUGAUAAAGAGGUGGAUAAGAGUAGAAGGGCAGAUGAUGUUAAGAUGGUGGAUGAGAGCAAUUCGUUAAGUGAUGGCAAGGUUAGGAAUGAAAGUAGACGGGCAGAUGGUACUAAGAUGGUGGAUGAGAGCAAUUCGUUAAGUGAUGGCAAGGUAGAAACUGAAAAUAGAUUGGUAGAUGAUGGAGAGACCGCCAGUGAAAUCAAGAUGUGA